ACUUUAUUUUAACAAACAUGCAGGUUAUCAGGUAUGGUCGUGUGUUUGUGAUGUGUUUGUAGAGCAGAAAUGUCUGACGUGGACGACGACACCGUGUCCUGCUUUCUUCAGGAUGCCAGAGUGAAGUUUGUCGAGGGAAUAGUUUGUUUUCUUCUUAGUCUGGAUCGUAAAACUUGGGAGAAGAGCGCAGUGAAGAACCAGACGCUUCUAAACGACUUCUUUGAAAAGCAGAAGGUUAUAUUUUUCUCGUCGUCUAAAGACACUUCACUCAUUGCUUCGAAUCAGGUUCUACCUGCUGCUCAAAACAGGCAGAUCUAUUUUCUCAAGAAGAGAGCUGUUCCUGUCAACAAUGAAAACUACAGAGAAGUGUUUUUUGGCCUCCUGCAUCCAUCACCGCUGCUGCACCUGUCAGCCGUACUGGAGCAGGUAUGCGCUCCACUGCUAUCAACCAGCGCCAGCCAUCAGAUGUGGCCGAAUGUGAUAGCAGAAGAUUUUCUGCAUCAGUUUGAGAGGGUGAGCAGUAAGACAUCAGUUGUUCAGGGCCAUAUUUUAGGGAAAACUGUUCUCCCUCUGCCAACAGCAGCAAUGUGGAUGAAGAGGUCAUGCAAUGUCUUCAAAAUGUAUGACAGCUAUGACAGAAAUCUGGCCCAUGUCAUAGAGUCACAAGUCGUCAGCUGGACCAAUCUGGUUCAGAGGGUAUUAAAUGAGGAUUCAUCAGAUUUUCUUGUGACAGGCUGCAAUCCAGGGCCCAAUGAAGAACUGAAGUUUUGGGCUUCUCGGAAGACCAACUUGCACAACAUUUAUAAACAGCUUCAGAGUCCUGUUGUUGAGAAGAUGACAAAGAUGUUGGAGAUGAUGGACAGCAGUUAUCAUCCAGCAAUCAAGACUCUAACAUCAAAUGUGUUUGAUGCUUUAGAAGAAGCUGAAGACAUUGACCUUCAUCUAUACCCACUACAUGCACAAAUGUCUCAGCUGGAAAAUGGAGGGUUCACUCACUUUGAAUCAUUCAUCCCUCCACUGUUCCACACAUUUUUCCUUAUAUGGACCAACUGUCAGUCAUAUCAGAAUCCAGCACGCAUUGUUGUUUUACUGCAAGAAUUCUGUAAUCUACUCAUUCAAGAGGCUUCCACAUAUCUCUCUAAAGAUCUGCUGCUGAGAGAGGACCAAGAGGAAAGUCUUCAUAUGGUAAAGAAAGUGAUCAGAGUCUUCAGACAUUUCAAGUCCUGUUACCAGACCCAGAGAGAGAGGCUGGCCAGCCAAGUCAAACAUGCACUCUGGGAUUUCCCAUCUACCAUGGUCUUUGUACGUUUCAACCACUUCUUCAGUCGCAUGCUGCAGCUGGAGGACUUUUUUGAAAUUGGGGAGGACUUACAGAGAAUUGAAAAGCUGGAAUUUAGUGGAAUUAAAGGCAAACUCCACAGUGAACAUGCUGCUCAGCUGUAUGGAGAGUUUCUUAAACACUGUCAGUUGUUGAAGCACAGUCAAAUCAACCCAUUUGAUUUCACCUCCCAGGAUUUUGAAACCAAGUAUAAGGAUUUCAAAAUGAAGAUCGAGGGCUUUGAACGUCAGCUUGCCAGCCUCUUGUGUUUGUCCUUUAAGGACUGUUCUGACCUGGAGUCAAAGUUAAAACUCUUAACUGUUUUUGGGCACUUCCUGGAGAGAAAACAAAUCAGGGAGUUAUUCAGUCCGAACUUGUGUGUACUGCAGCAAAAUUUCAGAGAUGAACUGCAGAGAUGUAAAUGCUUGUUCAACUCUCAGCUCAAUAAGAUGGAGAGUGGUCUUGCUAAGAACAUGACAAACACAUCUGGAGCUUUAAAAUGGACAAAAAUGCUGAAGGAACGCAUUCAUGCCCAGUGGGAGAAGUUCAGAUUUCUGUUUGACAUGUCUGUUGGAGUUGUGGUGAGGGCGAGGGAAUAUCACAUGCUUACAGAGUUGUUGAGUCUUCUGGAUCAGUAUGAAAAGAACAUUUAUUCUGACUGGUGUAAUGGCUUGGAAGAGUCCUGCUUGAUUAACCUGAACCAGCCAAUUAUCUCCAGAAAUGUCUCAACUGGCCUGAUCUCAGUUAACUUCAAUCCAAAGUUGAUGGAGGUCUUGAAAGAUGUGAAGUAUAUUCAGACUCUCAGUCACAUCGACAUCCCUGCAGCUGCAAUGACUGUUUUUCACAGACGUGACACAUUCACAAAGUACAUGAGCAGUAUGCAGCUCUUAGUACAGUGGUAUAACAGUCUGAAACAGACUGUGCUGGAGGUGGAAUUUCCUCUGAUCAGAGCUGAGCUUUUGUCUAUAGAUCUGCAGCUGGCAAAAGCAGAAACACAUCUGACAUGGCAGGACCAGGACUGUUGGACUUUCAUCAGCACCACCAAAGACCUGGUCCAUAAUCUUGUGUGCCGAGUCUCUAGAGCCAAAGACAACUGUGAUGCAGUCCAGUCCUUGAUGAAGAAAUGGAGCAAACAGGCCAUGUUAUGUCGAAAGGACUAUAAGAAAGGCUCAGUCAUACAACUUGAAGACAGAAGAGACUAUGUCAUCAAGAAGCACAGGUCCAUGCAGCAGGAUGGAGAGACUAUUCACAAGCUGAUACAGGAGAAUAUGGUUCUUUAUCAAGCAGACCCUGCCUCAAAAGCAUGGCAGUCAUACCUGGAGUAUGUGGAUGAAAUUGUGAUGGAGGGCUUCUUCAGCUACAUUACACAAUCUCUUCAGUUCUUGGUGGAGAACAUGGAGCCAACGCUGUCCCAGGCUCCUCUGUUUGAGUCCCAUCUGCUUCUCAGUGGCUCAGAGAUUAUCUCCCAUCCCUCACUGGAAAGGGAUGCAGCAGACAGUGUCUAUGAGUUGAUAGAGGGUCUGGUCGGAGACAUAUUCAAGACUGCAGGGAAUAUCAGUAGAGUUGCUACUCAUCUGAGCAUGGAAAGCUAUCAGGACGUCAUGGAUGAAAUGGUCGAUUUGCUUGACCUGAGGCAAAACAUCAUGGAGCGAGUGGACAGUGUUCUCAAGAAAGCAGUCAAUUACCAGGCAAAUUUUAACGGCUACAGUCAUCUGUGGCUGAAUGACCGUGUUGAGUUUCUCCACCAGUUUCUAUCAUAUGGACAUGAGCUAACAGCAGAAGAAGUUGAAGCUCAUAAAGCAGACGUACUUCCCAAGAAUUUUCCAACAAUUAACAAAUUCCGUGAACAGAUAGACUGUUACGAGGACAUGUUCGAUAAAAUUUCCAAGCUGGAAAACGUCAGGGUGUUUGAUGGAUGGUUUCGGGUGGAUCUCAAGUUCUUCAAAGCCAGUCUUCUUAAUGCUGUAAAAAAAUGGAGUUGGCUCUUCAAAGAACAUCUUUUGACAUAUGUGACUAACAGUCUUAAUCAGCUGGAUGAGUUUGUCCAAGCCGCUGUUGCAGGUCUAAGCCAGCCUAUGGCUAAAGAUGACCACUGUGGCUUAGUGGAAGUUAUGAGCCACCUUCAGUCUGUCAGAGACAGACAACCCCUUACAGAUAUGAGCUUUCAGGCUCUGAGAGACACUGUUGUACUUCUGGAAAGAUAUGAAGUGACUAUACCAGACCAGAUUUAUUGUCACAUGGAGAAACUCCCUGAAAAAUGGAGUAGUGUUAAAAAACUUGCAUUAAAAGUAAGGCAUGAGGUGGCACCACUGCAAGCUGCAGAAGUGAUGGUUUUGCGAAAACGAUGCAUGGCAUUUGAGGUGAAACAAAGUAAAUUCAGGCAGACAUUCAAAGCAGAGGCUCCCUUCAGUUACAAAGUAAUACAUCCCUAUGUCAAUUUGGAUAAAUCUGAAAAAACAAUCCAACACAUGGAGAAAGAGGUAGAGGAUCUACGGCAAGCCACAAAUCUCUUUGAUCUUACUAGUCCUGAGUACAGAGACAUCAAAUUCUGUCGACAAGAGAUCACUGUCCUCAAAGAACUUUGGGACAUUGUUGUGUUUGUGCGUAGCAGUGUGCAAACAUGGGCAGUGGCCAAAUGGAGGCAGGUAAAUGUGGACCAGAUGGAUGCUGAGUUGAGGGUGUUUAUCAAAGAUAUGCACAAGCUUGACAAAGAUGCUCAGCUGUGGGAUGUGUAUUCUGAGCUUGACCUUUACAUUAAGAACCUGUUGACAUCACUACAAGCUGUGAGCCAGCUACAGAACCGAGCAGUACGAGAGCACCAUUGGAUGCAACUAAUUACAACCAUUCAGGUGGACUUCAUGGUGACCGACACUACCACCUUGGGAGAGCUCUUGUCACUGCAGCUUCAUUUGUUUGAAGAGGACGUUUGCAACAUUGUGGAUAAGGCAGUCAAAGAAAUGGCCAUAGAGAAGAUUGUAACAGAAAUAAGUCAAACAUGGGUGUCAAUGGAGUUUACAUAUGAAGAUCAUUAUCAGACCUCUGUGCCAUUACUCAAAUGUGAUGAAGGACUUAUCGAAACUCUUGAGGAUCAUCAGGUCCAGCUCCAAGGCAUCUUUCACAGCAAGCACGUGGAGCACUUCAUGUCCCAGGUUUUGGAAAUACAGAACACACUGACUGUGACUGAUUCGGUGUUGAUGAUCUGGAUGGAGGUUCAGAGAACAUGGACUUACUUGGAAAGCAUCUUCAAAGGCUGUGAUGACAUCUCCAAAUACCUGCCUAUAGAUGCACACAGAUUUCAAGCUGUAGAUGCUGAAUUUCAGGAGUUAAUGCUUGAUAGUGCUAAGACAAAAAAUGUUAUUGAGGCUACCAACAAGCCUCAUCUCUAUGAGACUUUGGAGAAUCUACAGAAGCGAUUGGCUUUGUGUGAAAAAGCUCUUGCUGAAUACCUGGAAACAAAGAGACUUGCUUUCCCACGUUUCUACUUUAUUUCAUCUGCAGACUUGUUAGACAUACUAUCCAAAGGGAGUCGUCCUCGAGAGGUAACUGCCUACCUUCCAAAAUUAUUUGACAACAUGGCAGAUCUUGUGUUCUCCCAGACAGAGCAUUCAGAUAAUCCUAAACGGGCAGUGGGUAUGUACAGCAAGCAAAGGGAGUUCGUCCCAUUCCGAUCCGAAUGUUGCUGUGAUGGGCCGGUUGAGGCAUGGCUUACAUGCUUGGAGGAAUCCAUGAAGCAGUGUAUCAGAGGUCACUUGUCUGAGGCCUUGACUGUGUAUGAGGACAGAUCCAGAGAACAGUGGAUUCUGGACUUCCCUGCCCAAGUGGCCCUAACUGGAUCUCAGAUCUGGUGGAGUAAUGACAUGGAACUUGUGUUUAAAAGACUGGAGGAAGGAUUUGAGUCUGCACUUAAAGACUACAAUAAGAAACAGAUUUUUCAGCUGAAUUCAUUGAUCAACAUGUUGUUGUCCGAGCUGAGCGCAGGUGACAGACAGAAGAUCAUGACAAUAUGCACUAUUGAUGUGCAUGCUAGAGAUGUUGCAGCCUGCCUCAUUGCCCAGAAGGUUACCACCUCACAGGCCUUCCAGUGGCUUUCUCAGCUCCGGCAUUCCUGGAAUGAGCUGCAGCGUCACUGUUUCGUCAACAUCUGUGAUGCUCAGUUCCUUUACUCUUACGAGUAUCUGGGAAAUACCCCGCGUCUAGUAAUCACUCCACUGACAGAUCGGUGCUACAUCACUUUGACUCAGUCUCUCCACUUGACCAUGAGUGCAGCUCCAUCAGGGCCUGCUGGAACAGGAAAAACGGAGACCACUAAGGACCUCGGCAGAGCAUUGGGCAUGAUGGUGUAUGUCUUUAACUGUUCUGAACAGAUGGAUUACAAGUUCAUUGGAAACAUCUACAAGGGCCUAGUCCAGACCGGAGCUUGGGGCUGCUUCGAUGAGUUCAAUCGUAUUGCUGUAGAUGUUCUGUCAGUAGUAGCAGUGCAGGUCAAAAGCAUACAGGAUGCCAUUCGAUCAAAAAGAAAAACGUUCUUCUUUCUAGAUAAGGACAUUGUGUUGAAACCUUCAGUGGGGAUUUUUAUCACUAUGAACCCCGGCUAUGCAGGAAGAACAGAGCUACCAGAGAACCUCAAAGCUCUUUUCAGACCUUGUGCUAUGGUGGUGCCUGACACCGAACUCAUUUGUGAGAUCAUGUUGGUGGCAGAGGGUUUCCGUACUGCUAAGCUUUUAGCCAAGAAGUUUAUCACUCUGUACACUCUCUGUAAAGAAAUAUUGUCUACACAGGACCACUAUGACUGGGGUUUGCGCGCUGUCAAGUCUGUCUUGCUCAUAGCAGGGAGACUGAGAAGAAAAGAUAGGACAAGACCAGAGGACCAGGUCCUGAUGUGUGCUCUGAGGGAAUCCAAUAUGUCUAAAAUUGUGACUGAGGAUGUGAAAGUCUUCUUGGAACUGUUAGGAGACCUGUUUCUGGACUUGGAAGUGCAGACAGAGCAAGACACAGAGUUUGAAAAAGUCAUCAGAAAGACAACAGUGGACCUCAAGCUCCAGCCAGAAGAAACAUUCAUCCUCAAAGUUAUGCAGCUGGAAGCACUCAUGGCUGUCCAUCACUCUGUCUUUGUUGUUGGAAAUGCAGGGACUGGGAAGAGCCAGAUACUCAGAGUUCUCCAUAAAACCUACUGUAACCUGAAUAGGAGGCCUGUGUGGAAUGACCUCAAUCCAAAGGCAGUGGACAUUGAUGAAUUGUUUGGAUUCAUCCAUCCUGCAACUCGAGAGUGGAACGAUGGCUUGCUAUCGUCAAUGAUGCGAGAACAGGCAAGCAUCACCCACCUUGGCCCUAAGUGGAUUGUUUUGGAUGGAGACAUUGAUCCGAUGUGGAUUGAAUCACUCAACACAGUGAUGGAUGACAACAAGGUCUUGACUCUGGCCAGUAAUGAACGUGUGCCUCUUUCCCCAACCAUGAGGCUGGUGUUUGAAAUCAGUCACUUAAGGUCAGCCACUCCUGCCACUGUGUCCCGAGCAGGAAUUCUCUAUGUAAACCAACAGGAUGUGGGCUGGAACCCGUAUGUUGCCAGCUGGAUUGAUCAAAGAGACAGACAGACAGAAAGAGCGCACCUCACCAUACUGUUUGAAAAAUAUGUUCCUCGUUGUUUAGAGCAGAUGAGAAACACUUUCAAGACCAUCACCCCAAUCCCAGAGAACUCUAUGGUCCAGACACUCUGUGCUUUACUUGAUUGCCUGCUAACACCAGAAAAUAUUCCAAGUGACUCACCGCGUGAGCUCUAUGAGACCUACUUCACCUUUGCCUGCAUCUGGGCUUUUGGUGGUGCCUUGUGCCAAGACCAGCUUCAUGACUACCGUGUGGAGUUCAGUCAGUGGUGGAGCAGAGAGAUGAAGGCAGUGAAACUACCCGCACACGGGACCGUGUUUGACUACUACCUCGACGUUCAGACCAGACGGUUCCUGCCCUGGACCGAUUCUGUGCCACCAUUUGAAAUGGACCCUUGUAUACCAUCACAGGCUGCUCUUGUACAUACAGCAGAGACCGUGCGUCUUCGGUACUUCAUGGACUUGUUGCUGGAGAGGAGACAGCCGCUCAUGCUUGUGGGGAGUGCUGGAGUGGGAAAGACGGCACUUGUCAAGAACAAGUUAGACUGUGUGCCAGAGAAUUAUGUGACUGCCAUAGUACCCUUCAACUACUACACCACCUCACUCAUGCUGCAGGUUGUACUCGAGCAACCACUGGAAAAAAGAGCAGGCAGGAGCUAUUUCCCUGUUGCCAACAGAAAGCUGCUGUACUUCAUAGAUGACAUGAACAUGCCAGCUGUUGACAGCUAUGGAACAAUGCAGCCUCACGCACUUAUACGGCAGCAUCUGGAUUAUGGCCACUGGUAUGACAGGCAGAAGUUAACCCUAAAAGAAAUACAUAACACCCAGUAUGUUGCCUGUAUGAAUCCGACCGCUGGGAGCUUUAAUAUCAACCCAAGACUGCAGAGACAUUUUUCAGUGUUUGCAGUGAACUCCCCUUCAUGUGAGGCGCAGAUGUCCAUCUUCAGUCAGAUUCUAUGUUCCCACUUGAAUCAACAGCUCUUCAGUCCACCGCUGCAGAGGAGCGCUGCAGCUGUGGUCCAGGCCACCAUAGCUCUUCAUCACAAGAUGGUCCACAGCUUUCUGCCCACAGCCAUCAGAUUUCACUAUACAUUCAAUCUGAGGGACUUAACAAAUGUGUUUCAGGGCCUUCUCUUUGCUGGGCUUGAGAAUGUCAAAGAGAGUACUAGUCUUGUAUUUCUUUGGUUCCAUGAGUCUUGCAGAGUCUACUCGGACAGACUGGUUGAUGAUCACGACCUGCAGCUUUUCCAUAAGCUCCAGACAGAGACUGUGCAUGAAUGCUUUGAGGGUCUGGAGGACAUAAAGGUGUUAAAGCAGCCAGUCCUGUAUUUCCACUUUGCCAAGGCAGGUGAGGCAGCAUCCUAUACUCGUGUCACAGACUGGACUGUGCUUAAGUCCUUUCUCACAGAUGCCCUGGAGAGCUACAAUGAGCUCAACGCAGCCAUGGACCUUGUGCUCUUUGAAGAUGCCAUGCAGCAUGUCUGCCGUAUCAGCCGCAUUCUGGAGUCUCCGAGAUGUCACAGCUUACUGGUUGGGGUCGGAGGUAGUGGGAAGCAGAGUCUGACUCGUUUGGCUGCCUACAUAUCAUCUGUGGAGGUUUUUCAAAUUACCCCAAAUAAGGGAUAUAGUAUUCACGACUUCAAGGCGUAUCUGGCAGGCUUAUUCCUGAAGACUGGAGUGAAGAACCAGCGCAUUGCUCUGCUCCUGACUGAUGCACAGAUCACUGAUGAGCGGUUUCUCAUUAUCAUUAAUGACUUACUUGCAUCAGGAGAAAUUCCAGAACUCUUCACUGAGGAGGAGACUGAAGGAAUUGUGUCAGAUGUGAGAGCAGAAGUCCGAGCCCUUGGACUGAUUGACAACAAGAAGAACUGUUGGAGAUUCUUCAUUGGGCGAGUCCAAUUGCAGCUCACGGUGGUGCUGUGUUUGUCUCCAGUGGGCGAUACCCUACGGCUCAGGGCCCGUCGAUUCCCAGCACUCAUCCAAUGCACCACCAUUGAUUGGUUCCACCCAUGGACUUUGGAGGCUCUGCAGUCUGUCAGCUACAAGUUUAUCCAGGAUAUCGAAGGCAUUGAGCCUGCCGUCCAGGAAUCCAUCAGUCUUUUCAUGGCCUACGUUCACACCAGUGUCAACCAAGCAAGUGAAAAAUACCAGCGCAAUGAGAAGAGGUACAAUUACACCACCCCCAAGAGCUUUCUCCAGCAAAUCACCCUAUACAAGAACCUUCUGGAGAAGAGCAGCACUCAGCUUCAGCACAACAUGAACCGGCUUUAUAGUGGCCUUCAGAAACUCCAGACCACUGCUGCUCAGGUUGAAGACUUGAAAGCCAAUUUGGCAUCACAAGAAGCAGAGCUGACCAUGAAAAACCAGAAUAUUGAAGUUUUAAUUGCAAAGAUUGGUCUGCAGACUGAUAAGGUCAGCCGCAAACGAGAGGCUGCAGACGAGGAGGCGCGAAAGGUUGCUGCCAUCCAGGCAGAAGUAUCAGCUAAGCAGAAAGACUGUGAGAUAGACCUAGCAAAGGCUGAGCCGUCACUGGCAGCUGCUACAGCUGCACUAGACACUCUCAACAAGGUGAAUCUGACUGAGUUGAAGACAUUUCCCAAACCUCCGUCAGCAGUGAUCAAUGUCGCAGCAGCUGUGAUGGUACUGCUUGCUCCCCGCGGUCGCGUGCCAAAGGAUCGGAGCUGGAAGGCGGCGCGGGCCUUCAUGGGCAAGGUGGAUGAUUUCCUUCAGGUUUUGGUGUCAUAUGACAAGGAGCACAUCCCCGAGUCCUGUUUAAACAUUGUCAAACAGAAGUAUCUUAGAAACCCAGAAUUCCACCCCGAUCGAGUUCGAACCAAAUCUACAGCAGCAGCUGGACUUUGUGCCUGGAUCAUUAACAUUGUCAGAUACUAUGAGAUUUAUUGUGAGGUUACUCCAAAAAGGCAAGCAUUAUCACAAGCUAAUGCAGAACUAGAAGCUGCAACAGCCAAGCUGUUGGCAGUUCAGAAGAAAUUGUCUGAUUUGGAUGCCAGCCUGCAGAAUCUUACAGCUCAGUUUGAAAAGGCUACAGCUGAGAAAAUCAGUUGUCAGGAGAAAGUGACCCGAACAAACCACACCAUAGAUCUGGCUAACAGAUUAGUCAAGGGUUUGGAGGCAGAGAAGGAGCGCUGGUCACUGGCACUUGUUCAGUUUAAAAAGCAACAGGAAACCUUGUGUGGGGAUGUCCUCCUCACUUCAGCAUUUGUCUCUUACAUGGGUUACUUUACCAGCCAUUAUCGUACAGAGCUCCUAUACAACAUGUGGAUCCCUUUCCUUCGGUCGCAAAAGGUCUCCAUAGCCCUGACAGACGGUCUGGAUCCAGUCCUCAUGCUUACAGAUGAUGUCACUGUUGCUGCCUGGCAUAAUCAGGGUCUGCCAAAUGAUAGGAUGUCCAUCGAGAACGCUGCCAUCCUGACCACCAGUGAGCGUUGGCCACUCAUCAUCGACCCACAGCAGCAGGGGGUCAAAUGGAUCCGAAACCACUUUGGGUCACAGCUGAGGGUGGUGCAGCUGGGACAGAAAGGGUUUCUGGAUGUGAUUGAACGAGCACUACUCUGUGGUGAAACAGUGCUGAUAGAGAGUGUGACGGAAACACUAGACCCAGUUCUGGAGCCUCUGCUCGCUAGAAACACUGUGAAAAAAGGAAGGUACAUUCGUAUUGGAAGCAAGGAGUGUGAAUACAACAGUAAUUUCCAGCUUAUUCUCCACACCAAGUUGGCCAGUCCCCAUUUCCCACCUGAACUCCAGGCUCAGACCACCCUCCUCAACUUUACAGUGACUCCCAAAGGCCUGGAGGAGCAGCUGCUAGAGCAGGUUGUGUCCCAAGAAAGACCUGACCUGGAAGCUCAGAAGAUGGAGCUAACAGCACAGCAGAAUCACCACAAGAUUGAGCUCAAGAGAUUGGAGGAUGACCUGUUGAGUCGACUCUCUUCAGCGCAUGGACAUUUUCUGGGUGAUAUUUCUCUGGUGGAGCAACUUGAGACCACCAAGAAUACAGCUGCUCACAUUCAGUAUAAGGUGGUGGAGGCCAGAGAGAAUGAGAGAAAGAUCAACGAGGCUCGAGAACUAUACCGCCCAGCCGCUGAGAGGGCAUCACUCCUAUUCUUCAUCAUCAGUGACCUCAGCAAGAUUAACCCCAUGUACCACUAUUCUCUCAAGACCUUCAACUCGAUGUUUAACAAAGCAAUGGAAUGCUCAGAAAGGGACGAGGAUGUGACUACCAGAGUGCACAACCUCACUGAAGCCAUCACCUAUUCUGUAUUCCUGCACACCAGCCAGGGCCUGUUUGAGAGAGACAAGUUAACCUUCUUGUCACACACCGCCUUCCAGAUUCUGCUGCAGCAGCAGUUGAUUGAAGCAGAGGAAUAUGACUUGCUACUGCGCUUCUCUGUAGAGGCCAGCAAAGACAGUCCCGUGUCGUUCCUCUCUCCACAGGCCUGGGGGGCCGUCAAGACAAUUUGUAUAAUGGACAGCUUCAGUGGAUUGGACAGAGAAAUAGAAAGUUCUCCCAAGCACUGGAGGAAGAUAGUGGAAUCCAAGUGUCCUGAAAAGGAAAGACUUCCCCAAGCCUGGAAGAACAAGACUUCCCUUCAGAAGCUCAUCAUCCUGAGAGCGCUCCGUCCUGAUAGGAUCCCCUACGCGCUGAAGAGCUUUGUGGAGGAGAACAUGGGAGCAAAAUAUGUUGACUGUGUUCGGUUGAAAUUUGCCGAGUUAUUUCAAGAGACUGACCGGACAACUCCUAUGUUCUUUAUUCUCUCACCUGGAGUCGACCCGCUGGAAGAUAUGGAGAAAUUAGGACUGAGGCUGGGGUUUUCUACUGAUCAGGGAACUUUGCACAAUGUGUCCCUGGGCCAGGGGCAGGAAGGGGUAGCUGAAACUGCUUUGAGGAAUGCCUCACUACUGGGACACUGGGUGAUUCUACAGAACGUACACUUGGUGCCUUGCUGGCUGCCAACUUUGGAUGGUCUUCUGGAGAAAACAGGGAUGGAAAGUCAUCAGGACUAUCGAGUAUUUAUCACUGCAGAACCAGCACCAAGCCCAAAGCAGCAUGUGAUUCCCAGAGGAAUACUGGAGAGUGCCAUCAAAAUCAUGAAUGAACCACCCAGUGGCAUGAGUGCAAGCCUGCAUGCAGCCCUUAACAACUUCAGUCAAGAAACUCUGGAGAUGUCUUCCAGACAGCAGGAAUUCAACUCGAUCUUGUUCUCCCUCUGUUUCUUCCAUGCCUGUGUGACAGAGCGCCGAAAAUUUGGUCCCCGGGGGUGGAACCGUAACUACCCCUUCAGCACUGGAGACCUCACCAUCUCAGCCAACAUCUUGUACAACUACUUAGAGGCCAACAACAAGGUUCCUUUGGAACACUUGUGUUAUCUUUUUGGAGAGAUUAUAUAUGGAGGACACAUUACUGAUGACUGGGAUAGAAGACUUUGUCAAACAUAUCUGAAAGAAUUUAUGCAUCCAAAAAUGUUUGAUGGGGAGCUCUUUCUUUGUCCUGAAUUACUGGCCCCUCCGUUCAUGGACUACAGUGGUUAUCACAGUUACAUUGAUGAAUACCUCCCCAGUGAGAAUCCCACCCUGUACGGUCUCCAUCCCAAUGCUGAGCUGGAGAGCCUCACUGUCACCUCGGAUGAGCUUUUACAGACUCUGCUGGAGCUGCAACCUCGGGAGUCCUCCAAAGGAGAGAGGGCACCAACCAGCACAGAGGAGAAGGUCAAGUCUGUCCUUGAUGAUCUCAUGGAGAAGCUUCCUGAGGAGUACAACAUGGCAGAGAUGUUGGCAAAGAUGACAGUAUGCAGUCCCUGCGUUUUUGUCUGUUUCCAGGAGUGUGAACGCAUGAAUCUUCUGUUAGCAGAAAUGAGAAAGUCUCUCACUGAGUUGGAUCUUGCCCUGAAGGGAGAACUCUCCUCCUCAAGCUUGGAGACUCUGCAGUCUGCUCUGCUUCAUGAUUGUGUUCCCAGUUCCUGGGCCAGACUGGCUUAUACUUCCACCAAAACACUUGCACAAUGGUUCAGUGACAUCAUGCUCAGCUGUCGUGAACUCGACAGUUGGACUCAAGACUUUGUUCUGCCAGCAGUUGUUUGGCUGUCAGGACUCUUCAACCCACAAUCCUUUCUUACUGCUGUUUUGCAGAGCAUCGCUCGCAAGAAUCAGCGGCCUCUUGACAAGAUGACUCUGACUGUGGAUGUAAGCAAGAAAACAAAAGAGGAUUUUGGCCAUCCGCCACGUGAAGGCGCAUACAUUCACGGACUUUUUAUGGACGGAGCACGUUGGGACACUCAGUAUGGCGUCAUUGCAGAGGCGGUUUUGCGGGAUCUGACCCCAGCCAUGCCGGUACUGUAUGUGAGAGCUGUGCCAUCAGAGGAGCAGGAUCUAAGGAACACUUACGAGUGUCCAGUGUACCACACAAAGCAGCGGGGGCACACGUUUGUUUGGACGUUCCAUCUAAAAACCAAACAACCUCCUGUCAAGUGGGUUACAGCUGGAGUGGCCCUGUUGCUGUCUGUAUGAAACCAAACAGCAGUGAGGCCUUAAGCUCAUGCACAUAUUAUGUUUUGCAAACUGACAUACUGUACAAGUAUGUACUACUACUACUACUACUAC